ACUUUAAGACAGGAUCGUAUCAACGUGAGCCGAUAACGAAUACUUUAGUUUCUGUGUUUAGACCCAACAAUGUGAUAUUCUGCUAGGAAUCACAGAGUAUAAAAAGAACCAAUCUUCAAAAAAAGAAAACAACAAUGGCAGGGAUAAGAAAUGUGACAACAAUAUCAUUUCUCAUUUUCAUCAUUUGUAUUAUUACUAUUAAUGAAAUAUACGCAAAGCCAAUAGUUUCGCCAUUUUAUAAACCAAAACCUGGACAUGGGUAUGAAAAAGAACACUACGUGAAAGAUAAUUACUACAAGGACUUUGCUAAAGGGAAGAAAAACCAGAUCGCUACCGUAAAUAAUAUGGAUACACACAAAACAAAGUUAACGAGAGAAGCUCUUUUAAAGGCAACAUCGGCCCAGACCACUGCUCUGGUAGCAGCAGCACAGGCAGCCCGUUCAUCUCUUGAAAUCUCGAAGCUUGCCAAAAAGGCACAAGAAAUCUCUGUGCGUAGAGCUAACUGGGUGUUACAAACAGUGCGCACCGCGGCCAAGGCUGAAGAGGUGGCUGUAAAUGCCAUAGAAUCUCUGUUUAUGUGAAAAUCACAUCCGAAAAUAACCAAGUUGUAUUAAAUUUUAUUAAAAAAUAUAAUAAAUUAGGGCAUACCAUGGCGUAAA